AUGGAGGAGAAGAAGAGGUUGGUGCGAACCUUUGACGAAAGACAUGGAGAAGCAGUGGAAGUGCUGCAAGGGAUGGAGCAGGAGUUGGUCGGUGUCCCCUCGUCCUACCGCAACACCAUGUCCACCAAGCUGCGUCUGUACCGCAGAGACCUGGGGAAGCUCCAGAGAGAGGUGAAGAGCUCUGAUCUGUCCUCCACCUCCUCUACCCGGCCAGCAGAGGGCGCCUACGGCAUCUACUCCUCUCAGAACGAACACAGCACCCAGCUUCAGUCUCAGAGGGUCUUGCUGCUCCAGGGACACGAGCACUUGAACAACGCCAGUCAGAGUAUAGAGAGGAGUCAGCGCAUCGCCGCAGAGACAGACCAGAUCGGCGUGGACAUCAUCGAGGAGCUGGGAGAGCAGAGAGAACAGCUGGACCGCACCAGAGACCGACUCGUCAACACUGGGGAGAACCUCAGCCGGAGCAGGAAGAUCCUACGAGCCAUGUCUCGCCGACUGAUGACCAACAAGCUGUUGUUAUCUGUCAUCAUUCUGAUGGAGCUGGUCAUACUGGGUGCAGUCGUCUACCUCAAGUUUUUCCGCAAGUAGUAGACCCGCUUGACGCGUCAACAAGCAAUACAGGUCGCAGCCAGCGCUCAGCAAAGCUCUCUUCUCCCUGUCCUCUCCGCUCUCUUUUCUGUCCUUUCUCAUGUCCUGUCCUCUCUCUCUCUCCCCUUGUCCUCCCCUCUCUCUUCUCUCCUC